CGUCAAUCUUAUUCAAUUUGCUAAAUUUUUUGUGUCUCGUUUUUGUAGAUAAUUCUUGCCUUUUGUGAUAAAAAAUAUUACUCUAAUAAAUGUUUUAUUGUAUAUCAAGUGUAACAAAAGACAUUCCAGUAUUUAGUUUAUAUUUAUAGUGUAAUUUUAUUAUCAUAGUAAUGUUAUCAAGGUUUUGUAUUGUGUAAAUAAAAGUGUAUAGUGAUUAGCUCUAGACUAGAGCUUUAUUAGUUGUUCGUAGGUUAUUGAGGUGGAUAAACGUAUGGAAAAUGAAGUUCGCGGAGCACCUUAGUGCGCACAUUACGCCCGAGUGGCGCAAACAAUAUAUUAAUUAUGAGGAGAUGAAAGCAAUGCUGUACACAGCUGUGGAAGAGGCACCGUCAGCAGAAAAUGUGGAGCCGGAAGUAUUAUCCAGACAUUUUGCCAAUUUUGAUGAAACUUUCUUCCAUUACUGUGAUCAGGAAUUGAAAAAAAUUACUACAUUUUAUUCAGAAAAACUAGCAGAGGCCACGCGAAAAUAUGCCACAUUGCAGAGCGAGCUCAAAUCAAGGUUCGACACGAUCAAGCCGAAAAGCGGCGGCGACAAAAAAGCCAUACCUCGGCGAAAAGUUCAAGAGCUGAAAUUGGCCUUCAGUGAAUUUUACCUUAGUCUAAUAUUGCUGCAGAACUACCAGAACUUGAACUAUACAGGAUUUAGGAAGAUACUGAAAAAACAUGAUAAGUUAUUAAAUGUAAGCAACGGCGCACAAUGGAGAGCGGAACACGUGGAAACCUCACACUUCUACACAAACAAAGACAUAGACAGACUAAUAAGCGACACAGAGGCGACAGUCACCAACGACCUGGAAGGCGGCGAUCGACAGAAGGCCAUGAAGAAGUUGCGAGUACCACCGCUCGGGGAACAGCAGAGUCCGUGGACCACGUUCAAAGUGGGACUGUUUUCUGGGUCGUUUAUUGUUCUGUUCAUCACCGUAGUACUGUCAGCUCUGUUCCACGAGGGCGGCACAGAAAAUUUCAAAUCCGCCUUCCGAUUAUACCGCGGACCAUUCCUAUUAGUCGAAUUUAUAUUUUUAAUUGGCAUCAACGUAUACGGCUGGCGUUCAUCUGGCGUCAACCACGUCCUAAUCUUCGAGUUGGACCCAAGGAAACAUCUAUCAGAACAACAUUUGAUGGAACUAGCCUCUAUAUUCGGGGUUGUGUGGGCGCUAAGUAUACUCAGCUUCAUAUACAGUGAGAGUUUGAGUAUACCGCCCUUCGUCAACCCUCUGGCGUUAGUGAUAAUUAUGCUGGCAUUCCUGAUGAAUCCUUUGAGGGUGUUCCGGCAUGAAGCGAGGUUUUGGUUUCUGAAAAUUUGCGGUCGAAUACUAGCGGCACCUUUCAUGCCAGUGUUAUUCGCAGAUUUCUGGCUGGCGGACCAGUGGAACUCGUUCACGUUCGCCUUCCUCGACUUUCACUUCCUCAUCGCGUUCUAUAUCGCCGGCGCGGACUGGUUCAGCGUCAACAAUUCGUUCGAGUCAACAAAGUGGUUCAUCUUCACUCGAGCGGCGGUGAACAUAGUUCCGGCCUGGACGCGGUUCUGGCAGUGCCUGCGGCGGUACCGCGACAGCAAAGAAGCCUUCCCGCAUCUCGUCAACGCGGGGAAGUAUUCCACCACCUUCUUCGUCGUCUUCUUCUCCACCCUACGGACUGUGUAUAGCGUGGACUACGAAAACAUAUACGAUAAUCCGUUUCUGUACCCGUGGCUGGCGUGUCAGUUCGUAUCGUCCACAUACACGUACACGUGGGACGUGAAGAUGGACUGGGGCCUGCUGAGCGUGGGGCCCAGCGCCGAAAACAGCCUGCUGCGAGACGAGAUCGUUUAUAGCCCUGGGUUCUACUAUUUCGCGAUAAUUGAGGAUCUGGUGCUCCGAUUCAUCUGGGCGCCAUCUUUCUUUCUGACAGAGAACCAAAUCGUCAGCGGCGACACCAUGGUCUCUAUACUUGCGCCGCUCGAGGUUUUCAGACGUUUCAUUUGGAACUUCUUCCGACUGGAGAACGAGCACCUCAACAACUGUGGCAAGUUCCGAGCCGUCAGAGACAUCUCCGUGGCGCCGCUGGACUCCUCCGACCAAGCGCUUAUCAUACGAAUGAUGGACCUGCCUGAUGGAGUCGUUAAUAGAGUAACAAAGAAGAAGCACGUGAAGAAGACGAAGGAGAACGACCGCAAGCCGCUGCUGAAGAAGGAGUCCAUCCACGAGCUGCAGCGCGAGCUGGAGCUCAGCUCCAAGAUGCUGUGACCACUGUGAUAGCCAUAUGUCCAACUGUUAUGCAAUUAUAUUUAUAACUAUAUUCUAA